CUCGCGAACAUUAGGCGGUCAGUGCCUGAUAUGAAUAAUGGCCGCCUUCGUAGCGAUGGCCGGAACGGAAAAUAACACAAAAGGCAUUUUAGAGCUUCUCAGCUGACUGGAAAGACCGCAAGGCGCCAGGUACCCCUACCUACCCACGUUUCAGGACGGAUGGGUGGAGGGGGAUUGGCGAAAGGAUUUAAGAAAGAAAAAGAGACUGAGGGAACACAGGGAAAGCUAAGUGGGGAGCUAGCGCUAGCUUGCUAACAACACGGUUGUCACUACCGGGGAACGAACCCGAGUAACCGCGACAGCUGUGCAUCAGGAGGGCCGAAUGAAACGGUGACCCCGCGGUGUGAUCAAACUGCCGGCCUGUCGCUAAUAUGAGCGGACCGGGUCAGGACAGCGAGCCUGAGGCGAAAGUUCUUCUUAUCAAGCGGCUUUACAGGGCUGUGGUGGAAUCUGUGCACAAGCUGGAUGCCAUCAUCGGCAGCAAGUCAUCCUACAGAGAGGUCUUCAAGCCAGAGAACAUCAGCCUGCGGAACAAGUUGAGAGAGCUUUGUGUGAAAUUGAUGUUUCUUCAUCCGGUCGACUACGGCCGCAAGGCUGAAGAGCUGCUGUGGAGGAAGGUUUACUAUGAGGUCAUCCAGGUUAUUAAGACAAACAAGAAGCACAUCCACAGUCGCAGUGCUCUGGAGUGCGCCUACAGAACACACCUCAUCGCUGGCGUGGGUUUCUACCAACAUCUGCUGCUCUACAUCCAAUCACAUUACCAGCUGGAGCUGCAGGACUGCAUCGAUUGGACUCACGUCACCGAUCCUCUCAUUGGGCGGAAGAAACCCGUGUCAGCCUCUCCCAGGGAGAUGGAGUGGGCUCAGAUGGCCUGCCAUCGCUGUCUGGUCUACCUCGGAGAUCUGGCGCGGUAUCAGAAUGAACUUGCUGGAGUAGAAGCUGAACAGCUGGCAGAGAGAUUUUACCACCAAGCCUUGUCUGUAAUGCCCCAUGUUGGAAUGCCUUUUAACCAGCUGGGAACCCUGGCUGGGAGCAAGUUCUACAAUGUUGAAGCAACAUACUACUAUUUACGAUGCAUCCAAUCAGAUAUUCCGUUUGAUGGGGCCUACGGCAACCUGAAGCGCCUGUUUGACAAAGCUGCCAAGAUGUACCACCAGGUGAAGAAGCAGGAGAUGAAGAAGCUGUCUCCAUCUCGGCAAAGAUCCAAAGACAUUAAGCAUCUCCUGGUGAGCUUCAUGUACCUUCAGAGCCUGCUGCAGCCCAAAAACAGUUUAAUGGAGACGGAGCUGACUUCUCUCUGUCAGUCGGUGCUGGAGGACUUCAACCUCGUCCUGUUUUAUCUUCCGGCUCCAACACACGGAGGUGCUCAACCCUGUCCGAGCGAGGAAGAGGAGGAGCAGUUGCAGCAUCACAGUGACAGCCCCUAUCCCGUUCUACCUGACAACCUCAUCUUCAAGAUGGUGGUUACAUGCCUGAUGGUGGUACACAGCCUUAAGAGAGGAGGAUCAAAGCAGUACAGCGCUUCCAUAGCUUUUACUCUGGCCCUGUUCUCCCAUCUCGUGAACCACGUGAACAUCCGGCUGCAGGCUGAACUGGAGGACGGGGAGAGCCAGGUGCCUCCGCUUCACACUGACGCUGCAGAUGACCUUGAGGUGAGAGAUUUGUCAGCUGCAGAGGUGGGUCCUUCAGAGGAAAGACCUCUGCAGAAUGGCUCCCUAGAGCAGGAGGAUGAGGAGGACAAGGACGAAGAAGGCUUUGAGCGAGUCAGAGUUAAAAAGCUCAGCAGUGAAGAAGACCAGCACAAGCCCGAGGCGGAGAAACAGAGGCAGAAAAAGAAGUACACUCGCCUUUCUCGGCUCCGGCGGCGCCGCUGCGCACGCAAAGGUGGCCCUGGGGAGGAUGAAAGCGAUCUGAGCGAAGGAUUCGAGAGUGAAGAAGAAGAGAAUGACGAUGAAGGAGAGAGGGUCCGUGCUGAUUCAACAGGUGGGACAACAAUAGAUGAACCGCUUAACCCUUCAUCUGUGAAGAAGGAGAUGAAGAGGGAUGCCCUGGGUGAGGAAGGCAACUGGGAAAGUGGCUCUGAGGAAGAGGAUGGAGGAACAGCUUUUGAUGUGGAGACCGACUCGGACAUGAACAGCCAAGAGUCCCGCUCAGACCUAGAAGACAUGGAGGAAACCGAAAAUGUGGAGGGUCAGGCCCGUGAGCACCAGGAGGAAGAACAAGACCAACCCAGAGAAGAGGGAGGAGAGAGGGACAGUGAGACGCCUCCAAGCGCUAAUGGGCCUCUCAUGCAAAGCGACUCCAGUAUCAGCAGCAACCUCCAGGCCAUGUCCUCCCAACUCUUCCAGUCAAAACGUUGCUUCCGGCUCGCUCCAACAUUCAGCAACAUGCUGCUGAGGCCCCAGGCUGCUGCUUCCUCGGGAAAUCCCACAUCUACGGAGACCUCCGCUCCCCCAUCCCAGGAGACGCCGCCUCCUCCUGGAGAGUUACACAGCGACAUGACCUCUGGUGCUGCCAACGGAACCAACGACAAUGACUUGGUCUCUGACUCAGAGGAAAGUCAACACAGCACCCAGUCUGCACACAGUGAAAAAACUCUGUUUGAGAAGCUGGAGAUUUUGACCAAUCAGGGCUUAAUGCAAGUAGUGAAAGUCUUUAUUGAUUGGCUCAGGACAAACACAGAUAUCAUCCUCAUGUGUGCACAGAGUUCCCAGAGCUUGUGGAACCGUCUGUCUGUUCUGUUAAACCUUCUUCCAGAUGGCAGCACGAUGCUUCAGGCUGAUCUGGGUCUGAAUGCAGAGGUGACAGAAAUGUUGAAGGAGUGUGAACAGCCAGGAUUGAUCCAGAAUUUGCUGCUACCUGAGGAUGUGGCCCUGCGACACCUGCCUGCUCUCAGUGUAGCUCACCGCCGCCUUGAUUUUACGCGAGGCAACUCCUCCCUCAGUCCCCUGCAGGAGUGUGUGGUGCGUGUGUGCUGCAUUCGCAGUUUUGGCCACUUCCUAACAAAUCUCCAAGGCAACGUCCUGCACUUCAACCCAGAAGCGGGAAUCUUUACCAGCAUCAACCAGUCCGAGCAGGAUAAUCUGGUGCAGCAGGCCAAGGCCCAGUUAAGGAUGGCUGAAGAGGAGGCGCGUCGAAAUCGUUUAAUGAGAGACAUGGCCCAGCUUCGACUGCAGUUGGAGGUUUCACAGCUAGAGGGCAGCCUUCAGCAACCCAAAGCUCAGUCAUCCAUGUCUCCCUACCUUGUUCCUGACGCUGCAGCCCUCUGCCAGCAUCUGAAUCUCAUCCGGCAGCUGGCUGGCAGCGGCUGCUUCAUCAUCAUCAUCCCAAGAACAGUGAUUGACGGGCUUGAUCGAUUAAAGAAGGAGAAUGCUGGUGCAAGAGACGGCAUCCGCUUUUUGGAGUCGGAAUUCCGCAAAGGCAACAGGUACAUACGCUGUCAGAAGGAGUCGGGUCGCACUUUUGAAAGAGAUAAACUAAAACGGCAGGACAUUGAAGCUUGGCACCUGUAUAAGAUGGUGGACAGCUGCCGACAGCUAACAGUGUCCCAGAGCAACGGAGACGAAGAUACAGCCGGCAUGGUGACCAUCCUGACGGGCCAUGAGGUGGACGAGCUCUGCACUCGGUCUGCAGCCAUGAAGUCGGCGACCCAGGCUGCAUCGUCUGCAGGCAUGGAGCUGAAAAACAUCCUGGAGUUCUACCGUCAGUGGAAGGAGAUCGGCUGAGAGCUUAAAGGGGGGGCAGCUGUCGGUGCUGCGAACAGCUGAUCGAUCACAACACUCGCUCCCUCUCUCUCUCUCCCACUCUUUGGCUCUGUGUGUAUCUGCGUCUCCAAAAAGGAAACAAAACGACUCAAAAGAAAGCUGGAUCCAAGAGUUAGAAGUUUUGAGGGCUGGACAAUGAAAUAAAGCGGAGUUCAAAAAUAAAAAACAAAAGAUGAAACACAGGCAAAACAACGCUAUAAGAAGCAGCAGAUCUCCCACCUGUCAGUUUGUUAAACAUAAAGCGUGAGCGCCGCAGCGGUCGGGGGUGGAAACGGUGGGAGGGCGCUGCACAAAUUCAAGUGCCCCUGGUUCACCUCUAACCAGGAAUACACUGUAUAUGUUAGCAAACGCGUACAUUUUGUGUUGAGAGAAACCAUGCACACAAACUCAUUCACGCUACAAUGAAUCCAUAUAGAAAUUUAGAGCAGUGGUCUGGGUUCCCUUCCCCCUUUCCUUCAGUCUAAUUUCCAGAAACCGGGUCAGGGAUGUAAACCUGGUUGGGCUUUAAACAAGCAGAGUGACAGAGGAGGCCCAGUCUGACUUCCAUCGCUCAGAAACAAACCAGGCGCCCUGAAGUUCACAGGCUUUCAGGAAGGAUUCUAGAUGAUGGAUAUAUUGUUUAUCUUGUUUUUUAAAUGUUAUUUUGGAUUAUUUUUUCCUUAUUUGCGGUGUACUUCUGUGACCAGUGAUGUAUGUACUGUGCUAUUUUUGUCUGAGUAAAAAAAGAGAAAACUCAGCAGGCGUCACACCUGUUUGAAGAUUUUCAUUUGGAUUUUAUUUUUGUACCCAAAUGAUGUUUAUUUUGCUUUUUUGUGAACUAAAUCUGAAUGAUAAACACAGGAAUGUUCAAGGGAAAGGGGAAGGGCUUGCUAUUAUGUGUUGAUCCACUGUACCAAUCCUGAACACAAGCUAAUAAAGCAGAAUCUAUUUAUAAGAUGUCAAGUUAAAGGGAGCAGGUAGGUAGAAGCUGAUUGGUGGAUAUCAGCUGACCUGUCCUGGAGGGUCUGGGCUGUGUUUGGAUGUCUGUGAACUCCUGAAAUGUAUCCCAUCAACAUCACCAUUUCCAUAGUGACUGUCCCAUCAUGCAGAGGAGAACCAGUGUGUGUGGCCAUGCAUUGAACAAUAAAGAGAAACUGAUGCUGA